AUGCGCGUGGUGCUGUUCGCGCAUCACGGUUCUAGAUCGAAGGCGGCUGCUUGUAGGAGCGCAUGCGCGGAAUCCUUUCCGCCGGUGCCUUCGCCGUCAGCCCGCAGUCGCACCGCGGAGCCGUCGGCGACGAUAUGUCGACCCACGGUAAGUCGGAUUGAUUUCGUUUUUUCGCUCCCCACGGCGUGCGAGGUGCAGAUGGCGCCAGUGGGCGCGGUGAGUCAUCUCUGCGACACGUUCUCAUGGCCGCCGUUUCGAUCUGAAGUCGUUUUCGAUAUGAAAGAUGUAGGUUGCAGUGGAUGUUACGGCCAUCUUGGGUACAUCCAUGGUUUAAGCAGCGGCGACUAA